CAGAAGACAGAGUGAUAUUUGUGUUCCCAUAGCAUGUUGUAAAAUGCAUGAGAUUUUGCUCAUCCUCCUUGGAAAUGAGAAUAGGAAAAUGAGAGCAUCCUGAACCAGAAGCUAUUAGAAGAACAUGCAGAAACCUGCAGCGAUUUGUGCUUUAUUUUGUCUUCCUAGCUAUGGAUUAGAAGGACUGAUUUUUGCAAUGGGCUUUUUCCAUAAUGGCAUUCUUGUAUUGUUUGGUCAGAGCUUGCACAGGAGGAAAACAGGCUGCUGAAUUUAGUCACUGAUCUCUAUUAGCCGUGGCCUAAGGCUAUGCUGAGAUUUAUAUCCCAUUUGUAUUGUUGCAGCUCAAAAGAAGAAUGUUCAGAGGAUGACAAGUGUAUUCUGAGUAGAUCUCUGGUGGAAGAGGAGGAUCCUCAUAUGAAAGUAUCUCUUGGUAGCAGCGAUAUGGGCGUCUCUGCCCAUCUACAGUCUUCGAAGACAGGAACCACAAGAUUUUUCACCAGCAAUACUCACAGUUCUGUGGUAUUACAGGGUUUUGACCAGCUGCGAGUGGAAGGUUUGCUUUGUGAUGUGACACUUGUUCCUGGAGAUGGUGACGAGGUGUUUCCUGUUCACAGAGCAAUGAUGGCUUCUGCCAGUGAUUACUUCAAGGCCAUGUUCACAGGGGGAAUGAAGGAACAAGAUUUAAUGUGCAUUAAGCUUCACGGUGUGAACAAAAUAGGCCUAAAGAAGAUCAUUGAUUUCAUCUAUACUGCAAAACUUUCCCUUAACAUGGACAACCUUCAGGACACUCUGGAAGCUGCCAGUUUUUUGCAGAUUUUACCUGUUUUGGAUUUCUGUAAAGUGUUUCUUAUCUCUGGGGUUUCGUUGGAAAACUGUGUUGAGGUUGGGCGAAUUGCCAACACAUACAAUCUCACAGAAGUGGAUAAAUAUGUUAAUAACUUCAUCCUGAAGAACUUCCCCGCAUUAUUAAGUACUGGUGAAUUUGUGAAACUCCCCUUUGAACGUCUUGCCUUUGUGCUUUCAAGUAAUAGCCUUAAGCACUGCACUGAACUUGAACUUUUCAAGGCGGCUUGUCGCUGGCUGCGCUACGAGGAGCCUCGGAUGGAGUACGCUGCGAAGCUAAUGAAGAACAUCAGGUUUCCUCUGAUGACACCCAAUGAUCUUAUUAACUAUGUUCAAACAGUGGACUUCAUGAGAACUGACAACACCUGCGUCAACUUGCUUUUGGAAGCCAGCAACUACCAAAUGAUGCCAUACAUGCAGCCGGUGAUGCAGUCGGAGAGAACGGCCAUCCGGUCGGACAGCACGCACUUGGUGACGUUGGGGGGAGUGCUGAGGCAGCAGCUGGUUGUCAGCAAGGAGUUACGGAUGUACGACGAGAAGGCCCACGAAUGGAAAUCCUUGGCUCCCAUGGAUGCACCGAGGUACCAGCACGGCAUCGCCGUGAUCGGAAACUUUCUUUACGUGGUCGGGGGCCAGAGCAAUUACGACACGAAAGGAAAGACGGCGGUCGACACGGUCUUCAGGUUUGACCCUCGCUACAACAAGUGGAUGCAAGUCGCGUCUUUAAAUGAGAAGCGGACCUUCUUCCACCUAAGUGCCCUCAAAGGACAUUUGUAUGCAGUCGGUGGUCGAAAUGCAGCGGGUGAGCUAGCCACUGUGGAAUGUUACAAUCCCAGGAUGAAUGAAUGGAGCUACGUGGCAAAAAUGAAUGAACCCCACUAUGGUCACGCUGGAACCGUGUAUGGGGGAUUAAUGUAUAUUUCAGGGGGAAUUACCCAUGAUACUUUCCAAAAGGAACUUAUGUGUUUUGACCCUGACACAGACAAAUGGACUCAGAAAGCUCCGAUGACGACAGUCAGAGGUCUGCAUUGCAUGUGUACUGUAGGAGACAAGCUGUAUGUUAUUGGUGGAAAUCACUUUAGAGGAACCAGUGAUUAUGAUGAUGUUCUAAGCUGUGAAUAUUACUCACCAACUCUAGACCAGUGGACUCCAAUUGCUGCCAUGUUACGUGGGCAAAGUGAUGUUGGGGUUGCUGUCUUUGAAAAUAAAAUCUAUGUUGUUGGAGGAUAUUCUUGGAAUAAUCGGUGCAUGGUGGAAAUAGUUCAGAAAUAUGAUCCAGAAAAAGAUGAGUGGCAUAAAGUAUUUGACCUCCCAGAAUCCCUUGGUGGCAUUCGAGCCUGCACUCUUACUGUUUUCCCACCGGAGGACAAUUCAGGGUCACCGUCUAGAGAAUCUCCUCUUUCAGCACCUUAGAACCAUCCCUUGACUUAUGAUGUUGUAGUAACACCUUUGCACUGCAUCAUGGAGUCUGUUAUUUUUCUUCAGUAGUUUCUGUUAGGCUUAGCCUACAGCAUUUCGUACAAUUACUGGGAAAAAAAAAAAAAAAAGACUUUGACAUUACUUGUGCUGUUUGUUUGGCCUAGAAUGUUUGUCAAGUGGUUAACAAAAAAGAUGUACUCGCCCGAGCCAAAUGUUUAACAAAUGAGAGGAUAUUGUCUAUAAAAUGUAUGAACUAGGUACGUUAUUAAUGUUGUGUAUUGGAUGUGAGGUACCUUAUAGCUUACAUUUGGGAGCCCAAUGAGUCAAAUUUGAAGAUUUUUGUAUUGAACACGUUCUUUCACUAAAUUUCUUAGUUGAAAUCCUUUUUCCUUUCAUUUUUGACUGCAGAUGACAAGGGGAGGUAGACCACAACAAUGUGAACUGUCCGAAGGUUGCCAAGGGGCCUGAGCUACCUCCCUCUUUUCACAGAGUAUUUUUGACAUAUCUGUUUACCCACCUGAAUUUGUGGGUGCUUUCAGAGCAUAUGAAGUUUCUUAGGCAGAGGGGAGAAAUAAAAUAAUUUUAAAAUAUUAGCACUGUACAGGAAGCGGACCUUGUAGAGCCGGGAGUUUUUUUAUAACAUAUAUCAAGUGUUUUUCCUCAGUCAGUUGAAUGAUGCUUCAAAUAAAACAUUUUAAAUAUCUUUACAUUUUUUAAUUUUAUUUUUUUUUUCAGGAAUUGGCUUCCGCUUGCCUGGGAGCACACACUAUUAACAAAUGGGAAUUCAGUGCAGUUGUAUACUCUGUUGUAUACCUGUACUGAAUAUAGGUAGUUAAGGGCUAGAAACAGUAACUUAAGCCACUGAAUUUGACCAAAUCGUUCCAUCAGAUCAAGUUUAAUCUACCUUUUCUCCUUUGCUGUUGAGAUAACUUGCAUAAUGUGUCCUCUGUAUAGUCUCAGUUAAUAAGGUUAUUUAGCACAAAAUGCAGCUUCAGCGAGAGAGCUGCUUUUGCUCAGUGAACUUGGACUACACGUUUUACCUUCUUUUGUUCAAUAAAACUUUUAACUGCAGUUACCCAGUCUAAGCUACCUCAUUAAUGUAUUUGGUUUUCUUCCUCUGCCUCACUGUCUCCAGGAUACACAUUACGUAUAUCUGUGUGGGUAGAUGAAUUUGCCAGGAAACCAAUGCAGAAGUGAUCAUGAAUGGGUAUUUUUGACCUACUUUUAAGAAACUAUUUUGGUCUGAUGUGUUCAUUUUAUUGUUAAGGACUGAUGAGAACUAUUGCUUAUGUAUGCAGCCUCUUAAAUUUACAGAAAUCUUUAUCUGCUCCUAAAUACAGUGCACUGCUGACAAAUUGCAGCUCUGAUUAUACCAUCCUGCUUGUUCUGAACUUCCCAUCUUAUGUUACAAGUGGUUUUGCCAAUGAGCACAGUCACAGGGGUAUUCUCUGGGGAAAACUGUUUAAAUCAGCUUAUUUUAUUGUGUUACCUAUUAACAGUAACCAAGUAAAGCUUAAUAAACUUUUGUUGGGA